AUGAACAUGUCGCUUCCCUCCAAAGAAGCUACUUCCACUCCAGCCAGGUUUUCCGAAGCUCAAAGAACCACGAAUAAAGCCGAGCAUCCAGUGGACGCUCGAUUUAGACGACUCAAAGCCAAAGUUCUUCCUGAAACGCCGUACAUCUUACAUGUUAGAUCUACAUAUCGCCAAAGCCCAGAGCAUGCGAACCUCUGGCGACUUGGUAGUCAUUUCGAUCCUAACGAAGAAGAAUUGCAGUACCUCACUUUCAAAGACCGGACGAAUGACUUGACCCCUGGUCUGUUUUGCCGUGGCGGGUGGGACGAUGGAAAAGGAGGAUUAGCACCGCCAGAAGAGCCCAACAGCAGAACUAGUAGCGACGGGACUCCACUUCAAGGGCAGGGUCAAAAGAAGAAGAUCAGCUUGGCGGACUACAACAAAAGGGAUAAGAACAAGGCUGUUGCAGCUACAACAAAACCCACAGGUCCGAAACCAAAAGAACAUCAGAAAGAUGACGCGAGUAUCCAGGGACUUGAUGCAAAUGUCAAACUGCCAAAGCCUCUCCAGGUCGAGCAGCACGGUCAAAAGAGAUCGGCGGACGCGAUAGAAGUGGGGAAAGAUUCCAAUGCUUCCGAGCAACCUCUAGCUGCUCCAUCUGCUAAGAAGGCGCGAACCACGUCUGAGCCGCCCAACCCCGCAUCAGCAGGGCCGCUCAAAGUUCCCCCUCAAAGAACAAGUGUUGAGAUUGGCAUCAUCAAAGACUCAUCUGAUGCGCAAAAGGUCAGAUCUCAUGAAAGUCCCAAGGCUGAGAAGCCGCCGACAGAAAAGCAACCCGGUCCUGAGAAAGUCGUACCGAAAGAGAAGAAGACGGAGGCACUCAACCUGCAUGGUCUCCCGCCAAUGCUAUCGCCCACACUACCUUCAGAGAUCGAAGAGGAGCUCGCCAAGUUGAACCCUAGCAUUCGAAGACGCAGUGGCAGCAUCGCGAAGAGCAAAAGCCCUAACCCAUCUUCCAAAAUCAAGCAGCAGAAGAAUGAUACGGGCUCGUCAACCGACGAAGAGGGCGCUAAGUCAAGCGUCGGAGGGAAGGCUUAUGCAUCGAGCAAGACCAGCACGACAGCUUCCGUCAACUCUGUCAAACACCAACGGAUUCAACCACAAGUGACCUCAGCUCCUCGGCAAGCAGCUAAGAACAUUGUGUCAAACAAAGUUACACCUUCGAAACCGAAUAAGCUUCUCAUUUCUCCCGUCACCGCACCGGUAACGGCAUCAACAACACCUCAGAGAAUUGAGAAACGAAGAUUGCGCCUACUUUUGAAGAUCAGGAAGAAGACAAAUCGCAAAAAUCUUGCUCAAUAUCUAAGGUUGCCGCCCACACAAGGAAAGUACCCACACAUCCGUCGAACGAUAGAGCACGAACAGCGUUCAAGGACUCCGCAGUCGGAGCAGAAGCAUGCCAGCAAUUCUUAUGAAAAUCGGCUCGAGAUACAGGCGAAACCAAAGCGUAAUGAUCCAGAGGCUGCCAACGCUGGCGAAAAGCGGCGUGGGUCUCUAGAUCGUAGAGACGAACCGGAGCUUCCCGCCAAACGUCACAAGACUCCGAGAUGGGCUUCGCAAAACGCUCAUACACCGAAACAACCUUCAACUAGCUCUCCCGCUCCAUCGAAUGUUGGAAGUACGCAGAAACCACAAUUACUCACUCCGAAGGCUGAUCCCAAGAGCGCCCCCAUGCUGCGUGUUGAGUCCGGCGAAGGCUCGACCACCACACCACGAGGCCUUGCUCUGAAUAGUACCCCCAAUGUACCAGAUGCUGGAAACCGGCGUAAUUCUGUCACGUCGUCUGGUGGUCGCAAGCCUAGUCUGCAGGAUGUGAAGCGUGACGCUAGCAAGUAUUUGAGACAAGCAACAGACUUAAAGCAUGCCUCGGAUGUGUUUUUGAAGGAAAUUCCGAUCAUGACUGAUAGCGAACGUAAACGAGGCGUCAUGAUUGGUACAGAAUCCGUACUCUGCUACAUUCUGGCUUUCACGCUUUUUGAUGAACCCCAACGACAAUUUGGGCAGAUUGGCAAUAUCGAUGGCUGGAAGUCUAUGCUUCGGCUCUUGGAUCUCAUCAACAGAGAAGCUCAACCGUUCAAACACCUGACUGGUCUCCUCCUCCAGCUCGAAGGCAUCAUUCGAGACUACAUGGUCUGCUACGAUUUCAAAAGACUCGAUUACAAUCCACUUGAGCAGAAAUUAGCUGAGACUGCGGCCGCGGAUCCUGCGAAGACGAAAGAAUAUUGCCAAGCUGCGGCAUAUCACGGGUCAUUCCAUGAAUUCCGUCGCUGCUUCGAGAAAUCGCAGAGUGCAUGGCGUUCGGGACUGGACUUCUUGAAAAUCAGCGACAUCGAAUCUGAAUAUCCCGUGACUUGGGCCAAGCGCGAACGACAGUUUCUUCUCCCUGUCAAAAGCGCAGAUGCCGUAGUACAAGGCGAAUAUCAGCGGAAGUUUAAUCUGCCCAUGGGGUCAAUGACUAGCGGUCUACAGGCUGUGAAUUUUGGCUUGAGCUUUCUCGAGGAGUGGUCAAAGAAGAAUGGGACAAAGUGGGAGCCAAAGCUUGAGCUUUAA